AUGGCUGCCUUCAUGUCUCUCUUUAUUUGUGGGUUAUGCAUAUUGCUUUUAUUAGCUGUGCUCUAUGUUUCAAAAGGUUUGAAACAAUCAGUUUUAAAUAUGCCUCCUGGUCCAUUUCCUCUUCCAGUCAUUGGUAACCUGCAUUUGCUGGAUAUUCGAAGGCAAGAUAAGUCAUUAAUGAAGAUUUCAGAGAAAUAUGGCCCUGUGUUCACUGUCCAUUUGGGGUUCCAGCGGACCGUGGUGGUGACUGGCUAUGAAGCAGUAAAAGAAGCCCUUCUGAACACUGCUGACAUAUUUUCAGACAGACCAGCUAUACCCAUAUUCUAUCACAUCCAGCAUGGAAAUGGUGUGUUCUUUUCUUCUCAAGAGCUCUGGAAAACAACACGCAGGUUCACCAUGGCAACCAUGCGGGAUCUUGGCAUGGGAAAACGACUGUCAGAGGAAAGGAUUCUGGAAGAGCUUCAUUUUCUUAUUGACCUGAUCAAGUCCUUCAAAGGAGGACCUUUCAGAUUACGAUUUUUGAAUACAGCCCCCACCAACAUCACUUUUGCUAUACUGUUUGGAAGAAGGUUUGAUUAUAAAGACCCAACAUUUGUCACUCUCUUAAGACUCAUAGAUGAAGUCAUGCUCCUUCUUGGCUCUCCAUUCUUGCAUUUAUUUAAUUUCUACCCCUUCCUUGGAUUUCUCUUCAAACCUCACAAGAUGAUACUGAAAAAAAAAGAAGAGGUGUGUGUGAUCUUAAACAAGCACAUCAAGGAAAGCAAAAAAAACGUUAAUGGAAACAACUUGAUGAGCUACAUUGAUGCAUUAGUAUUCAAACAGCAAGAGGAGAAAGAUAGAAGUAAUACCUCCUUUUAUGAUGCAAAUGUACUGGCCUCUGCACUUGACCUGCUCAUGGCUGGCACUGAGACAACAUCCACAACAUUGCAAUGGGCCAUCCUGCUGAUGAUGAAGUACCCCGAGAUUCAGAGAAAGGUGCAUGCAGAGAUUGAGCGAGUUCUUGGCCCUGGCUGCAUGCCUACCUUUGAGGACCGGAAAAACAUGCCAUUUACCAACGCAGUGAUCCAUGAAGUGCAGAGAUUUGUCACCCUCCUGCCACAUGUUCCACGGUGCACCUCCACUGACACUUACUUUAAAGGCUACUUCAUCCCCAAGGGAACAACAGUGAUUCCUCUGCUCACCUCUGUGCUGCUGGAUAAAACGCAAUGGGAGACACCAGAUGAAUUCAACCCCAACCAUUUCCUCGAUGCAAAUGGGAACUUCGUAAAGAAGAAAGCUUUCCUGCCCUUCUCUACAGGACGGAGAAACUGCAUUGGAGAAAGUCUUGCCACGGUGGAGCUCUUCAUCUUCUUCACAGGCUUGAUCCAGAAAUUUACUUUUAAGCCCCCACCUGGGGUUAAAGAAUCUGAGCUGGACACAACUGCAGAGGCUGGAUUCACCAUGCGACCUCAUCCACAGUGUGCCUGUGCAGUGCUACGAGAAUGA